GAAAAGGAUGUCCGGAAAUGGAAGGAGGAAUUGUUGGAUCAGAGGCGGAGAAUGAUGGAAGAGAAACUCCUCCAUGCCGAAUUUAAGAGAGAGGUCCAGUUGCAGGCGAUUGUGAAGAAAGCACAAGAGGAGGAAGCUAAGGUCAACGAAAUCGCUUUUAUAAAUACUUUAGAAGCCCAGAAUAAGCGUCACGACGUUCUGUCCAAGCUCAAAGAUAAGCUAGUUUUCUAUUUAGUAGUCCACAAAUAAUUGUACAAUAAAAUCAGGGCUAAAAAUAAUUCUCUUUAGGAACGUAAAAGAGUUUUGGAAGCAGAGCGUCAAGCCCGUGUGGAAGAGUUGCUAAUGAGAAGAAAAGAGCAAGAAGCUCGUAUUGAGCAGCAGCGCCAGGAGAAGGAGAGGGCCCGCGAAGAUGCCGCUCGCGAAAGGGCCAGAGAUCGAGAGGAGAGGUUAGCCGCCCUGACGGCCGCCCAGCAGGAGGCCAUGGAAGAACUCCAGAAGAAGAUCCAGCUGAAGCAUGACGAGAGCAUCCGAAGGCACAUGGAGCAGAUAGAGCAGAGGAAAGAAAAGGCCGCUGAGCUGAGCAGCGGAAGACACGCGAACACCGACUACGCCCCAAAACUGACGCCAUACGAGCGGAAGAAGCAGUGUUCGUUGUGCAACGUCUUGAUUUCCUCGGAGGUCUAUCUUUUCAGCCACAUUAAAGGGAAAAAACAUCAACAAGCGGUGAGAGAGAACAGCAGUAUCCAAGGGAGGGAACUUUCGGAUGAAGAAGUGGAGCACCUGUCGUUAAAGAAGUACAUUGUGGAUAUCAUAGUCGAAAGCUCAGUCCCCACAGAGCCCUCAAAGGAUAGCGAGGAGCGCCAGAAGACGAAAAAGAAGGCCAAAAAACUGAAGGCACGAAUGAGCUCAAGGCUGCAGCGACUGGUAAAGGACCUUCUGAAGCAGCUUCAGCUUCAAGACAGCAACAAAGCCUCUGCCCUGGAUAGGAUUUUAGGCGAGAUUUCACGCAUUCUGGAAAAAGAGAAUGCAGCAGAUCAGGUGGCGUUUCAGGCAGCGGGGGGAUUUACGGCCCUGGAGCAGAUCCUCCAAGCAGCAAGCACUUCCACCAACCUGAACGCCGUUUCACGAAUUCCUCUGAAGUCACUCUGCGGCACGCUAAAUGCCUACCACCUGGCCUGCAGCAAUUGCGCGGAAAACUGCACCUACGUUUUGUUCAGUAACCGGAUUACUGUUUUGAUGGAUCUGUUGAUGCACCAAUUAACGGUUUAUGUUCCGGAUGACCUCAACGCCCCUUUGGGAAGGACGGCCAACAAGCAGGUGUUUGAAGGCCUGACCGCGGGCGUUCUCCGAAUCGUGGCUGUGGUGUUCAGGUGCCUGAUCUCCAGCGUGCCUUAUGGAAACAAUCAGACCUGCGCCCCAAAGCUGCUUCAAGAAACGAAGAACAAGACAUCGCCCGCCGAAGCCUUUAACGGACGGAUACAGGACCUCAUCGGCUAUGUGGUGAAUAUUGGAUUGAUUGAAAAGCUGAGCUGCUGCUUCCUGUCCGUCCAAGGCCCGAUUGACGACAAUCCCAAAAUAGCAGCUUUCUUGCAAAACGCCACCGCAGCCUUGCAGGGGAUGUGCCAGCUGUGUUUUGCUGUCAAUGGAAGGUCUUGGAGCAUAUUUGAUAACUCCCGCCAGGAUCCCAUGGGAUUCACGGCCGCUCUCGAGGCCACGGACCUGGUUGGGGUCUUGCACAUGCUGUACUGCAUUCUCUUCCACGGCACCAUCGCGGACGCCAGUGCGGCAAGCCCGAAAGAGAGCUACGCGGAGAAUACUGUCCAAGUGGCCCUUCAGAGCUUACGCCUCUUCAACAGUUUUGCUGUUCUCGAUCUAACGGCUUUCCAGUCAAUUGUGGGUGCCGAAGGACUGUCGCUGGCGUUCCGUCACAUCGUAAGCUCACUGCUGUGGCACUGUUCCCAGCACACCUGCGAAGCUCUGCUCCAUGAAGUCAUCGUCUGUGUUGGGUACUUCACCGUAAACCACCCGGAUAAUCAGGUGAUUGUCCAAUCCGGCCGCCACCCCACCGUCCUGCAGAAACUCUGCCAGCUGCCCUUCCAGUACUUCAGCGACCCCCGCUUGAUCAAAGUCCUCUUUCCAACGCUCAUAGCGGCUUGCUACAAUAACCCGCAGAACAAGAUCAUUUUGGAGCAAGAGAUGAGCUGCAUUUUGCUGGCUACGUUCAUUCAGGAUUUCACACAGAACUCCAGCCAAACAGACAACCAGACCGCUCAACAAAGGGAAAAGGCCUUCGCCUCCCAAGAUUAUCUCGAGCUCUCCAAUCGGUUCCCUCGGCAGACGUGGGAAGAAGCUCGGCAGUUCUUCUUGAAGAAAGAGAAAAAAUGAGUUGGUUUUUUAAAGACUUUCAGAACAUCUAACUUUG